CCCCCCACACCUCUUCUCGCGCGCCACUCACAAUGAAGCAAUGAGAGGCGGUGGGUCGAUGUCUUUCGUUGUUGUUGGAGGAGGUUCGCGGAGGGCUACGAUUGGGUCUCCAGGCGCGGUUACGCAAGCGGCGGUAGCCGCAAGAGGCGAGCCUUAUGAAGACACAGAGAGCCACCCACCCCACCACGCUCACUCAGCACCCACCAUCCACCCAGCCACCCACCCAUCAGGAGGCCCCUCUCGAGUACACGGCGCACUCUUUUGCGCACGCACGCAAAGAUCACCUCCCCAAUUGCUAGCAACCACCACAUAGUGUAGCCGAACACAGGGCUGUUGGGGAAAGUGCCGUGAACGAGCUCUUAUUGUUAAGGAGGGCACGAGAGCACGAGAGGGGGGGUGCGUGGCCGGGACGCACGCACGCCGCCGUUUCUAACCUCCCUGCGUCUCCUCCACGGGGGGAGGAGUAGGAAGCAGAGGCCACCACCACCACUACCUAAGAGCACCCUUCCUUAAUUACGCCUGGAGCCAGCAGGGACCCCCCCCCCCCUCCACAUGGCGAUGGCACGGCCAGGUAGAGCAGUAGCGACGCGCGAAGCUUCGGGGCAGGAGGAGGAGACGGAGGCGCUGGGACACCGCGCGGGAGGAUCCGAGCGCGAAUUCGCGGCCGCCGCGGCGCUGUUUGGCCACCUGAGAGCGGACAGCCCCGCGGACCGGGCCGUGCUGCAGUACGGCGGCGAGAGGCGGCUCGGGGAGCCGGGCCUGGCUCUGCUCCACGGGGAUUCGGGAGCGCGACGCCGGAGCUACGCGCUCGCCUUCUCGGCCCUCAAAUAUCAGACGCUCAUCGAAGGCGUCCUGGUGGAGAGCGGCUUCUACUCGGCGCAGCUCAUCCCGGACGAGCUGCUGCCCCUCGCCGUGGUCCUGUUCUGGGACCUGCAGCUGCGCGGGUUCGAGCCCCGGGACAAGGAGGAGGGACGCGAAGCGAAGAGUGGAGGGAGUCACGCGGCGAGCGGGGAGGCUCGGAGUCGCCAAGAAGGCGACGGCUGCAGUGGCGACGGAGUUGGUGAUGACGUGCGGGAAGUUGAUGCCGCGCUCUUCUCGUUCAGGACGCGACUGCGCGCGUCGCUGGCCCGGGGUCGCAUCCGCCGCGGAGCCCUCUCCCUCGACUCGGUGCUGCCGGAGCCGCUGCUGCGCCGGGAGAGGCGCGCCGGCGCCGCUCCCCUCUACGCCUGGGUCGACGGCGCGCGCUCGAGUGAAGAGGAAGUGCAGAGGGCCCUGUGCGACCUGGGCUUCUCCCAAGUGGAGAGUCUCGGGGAUCGGCAGGACCGAGUGUUCUCUCGGGACCAGCAGCUCGCCGACCUCCUCAUCUUCCCGGGCCAGCGGCGGAGCGAGCUGCUCGACUCCGACAUCGCCCAGCGAUCCGUGCUCGUGUUCCAGGACAAGUCGCGCUGCGUGGGGCCUCACGCCGCGGUACGGCUUCUCGGGGAGGAGGGCGACGUCGCGGUCGUGGGGGUCGGGUCAGGGGUCGCGGGCCUGCACGUCGCCUCACUCCUCGCCGCGCGGCGUCAGUCUCCGGGCGACGGCGGUGGCGCCGUCCCCACCACGAUCACCACGGCCACCACCAACGCCACCGCCAACAACAGCGUCGGCGGCGGUGGGGCCGCCGCCGGCUGCCGCGUGCUGGUGUGCGCGGCUCUGGGAGGGGGCGCCGGUCAGCAGCCGCCACCGCCGCGGGGAACGACGGCCGACAACAUCAAGUUUCUACCGGAGGCCUUCCUGGACCUGCAGCCCGGCGACUCCCGGCUUCAGAGGGUGCGGGUCAUCCUGCUGACCCCUCCGUGCUCCGCCUCGGGGUUCAACGACCCCGUGGAACUGGUCCUCGGCGAGGGAGCGGACCUGAGCAUCCUGCGCGACGCCGUGAGCGCGGAGGAAGAGGAGGAGAACCUCGCGGAGCUGUCGACGCGGCAGACGGAGCUUCUGUCUCACGCGAUGCGAUUCCCCCGAGUGCAGGCCGUGGUGUACAGCACGUGCUCGCUGCACGCACGUGAGAACGAGGCCGUCGUGAGCGCCGCGCUGUCGCGACAGCACAACGGAGGCGGCGCCGCCGCCGCCACCAAAGUCGCUCCGUUCAGGGUCGCGCCGUCGCCCGUGCGGCUCCCGGAGGAGCGGGAGGGCCCUGCGGGAGACGCCGGGUUCCUGAGCUUCGCGCCGUCCGACUCGCUCAGCGGCGGCUUCAUGGCCGUGCUGAGGAGAGAGGAUACCUUGGAACCUCUCACUGCAAAGGAGAUCCUCGCUCGGGCAUCCAGCAAAGGCUUACUGGGGGAACGGAUCAAAAAGACCAAGACCAGACGACCCAGGGGACCGAAAACUCCCGCCAAGCGCAGCGACACGGUGGCGAAGAGAGCCGCCAAGGUUUCCAACGGCGCCGCCAAAGCCAGAAGUUUCGGCAGCUCGCUGCUGACCAACGGCUUUCCCACGAGCCGCGGGGUUCUCACCGCGCAAGCAGCCAACGGGGUGACAGCGAACGGGACACCGGGCCAGAGUUCGGCUCAAUAUCCGGCAGCGGCGGCGGCGGCUUCGUCGGCGGCAAAGCCACCGACGAGGCCGCCCGUGCGGACGGGUCCCCUGCCAGGGAUGCUGAGGGCAAUGUGGCCCAGGCGAGAGAGAGGAGGGGCGCAAGAUGCAGAGGAGGAGGCGGCAAGGAGAGACGGCGGUCGGGACAGAGGGGAGUUGGUGAGGGAGGCCGUGAGGCCCAAGCAGCUGCUGCUGCCCAGCGUAUGCAUCUCUUUCCCCGGCGCCGGGGGAAUCCCUGCCCACUCUGGGCGCGGCCUCCCACCCAUCGCCACCAACAGCAACAGCGCCGCCGCCAGUUUCGCCCUUGGAUUCUCUCCGGCGUUUGAACCUGCGCGAACACCAGUUUUCGCCACUCGGUUCGCUCGUGGGAAAACUGCCCAAGGCAGAGGAACAAGCCAGCAGAAUUGGCCCCUGGUCUGAAAUGCUUGUGGUGAUUGGUUGGGUGGGGGGGGUUUGGUGGUCACAGACAGUUUGGUGGCAGAGAGGUUUGACCGACUGACAGACGAUUGCCACCUCAGACGAGAAGAUCAAAUUUGGUUGAGGGAAUCAUGGGUGGCGCGGUGGGAUCCUGUCACUCACGUGCAUCGUCUACAUCGCAGAGCUAUUCUCCCAACUGUCCAUGCAUCGGCGUUCAAGAGUAACCAACUUGAGCGAUGACACCGAGGAUGGAGCUGAUGGAGCUUAUGGGGCCAACGGUCAAUAGAACAGAAGCUGGCACCAAGGGGCAAGUUUGAGGCAAGGGGCAUGGGCACGGCAUUGCGAAGUGAAGCCCCGGCCCGUGGCGGUUGUGAGCUGCGCCUGGGUGGGAAUGGUGACAUGCUGACACAUGGAAUGGUGACACAUGGAAUGGUGACACAGGAAU